AUGGCUAACUCUCUUGGAAAUAAAAGCCACAGCGAAGAAGCAACGAGGCAUGACGCUUUAGAACGUGGCUUGACUACAGGCUCUUCCGCUCCGAUCCUGACUGUAGCAGUCGUUGCUAUAUUUAGCAUCGGCACCUGGAUCAACCGGAGGGGGAAGUCUUAUCAAAUGGGGAACAGCCGUACACGGUUACUCAAAAACGAUGAUUCCGAAAGUGAAGAAUAUGUUGCUGAGAAUGAGCAUGGCGCCGUUAAAACGCAUCACACAAAGCCUAGGCAGACGAUUCAUUUUCGACUAUUGAGGCAGUUUCCAUUUCCGUUGGAGAUAAUUUACUGGCUGCUGGUCUACUGGAAAGCCGAACACCUUGCGAUUAAGCUCCUCUCCGUCGAACGUCUCCUCCAUAUCGACAUCGAACUCUCCAUCCAGCAAUUCAUGCUUAAUAAGAUCCCAAGGCUAAUGGAUCAACUUGCCCGCGUCUAUUAUUCCCACAUCGUCGUCGGAGUCAUGUUCUAUCUCUACUGCUAUUCUUUCAUGGUGCGCAGUCAGUACAAGGAAAUCCCACGCACGCCAGCUCUGGAAAAUAUCAUCGCGUUCGUGGUCCUCUCGCUUUGGAAAUGUGCACCGCUGCGUCUCCUCCCCAAAGAAUAUGGCCUCAUCGAAGUUCUCCACAAGGAUAACUCGGGCUCUACGUGGACGCAUAACAAGUUCCAACUGACGAUCACCACGAUGGCCUCUUUGCAGUUUGGCGACUCCGUGGUUAUUGCGUUCUGCGUAUUCAAGCACAGUCCUCAUCCUCACGUGCUCCUUCGAGUUGUUGUUCUGCUCUGGCCGAUGGUUAUGGUCCAAUGGUUGUCGCGACCGCGAAUCGUUUCAUUCUCGAUACCGUUGGCGGUGUUGCGAUUAUUGCGACCGCUAUGGCUUGAAUGGGAUGAUUUUGGUUUUGCUGCCGCUCAAGAGGGUGUUGUUCCGAGGACCUCGACUGGAGAAAUCUGGGGAGAACUAAAAUGGAGCUAG